AUGACUUCAUUUUAUCGUAUUUUUGGUUCGAUUAAAUCGGUUUACAACAAUAUUAAUCCGUCCACACUUACUGGUGCAAUUGAUAUUAUUGUUGUUAAACAAGAAGAUGGAACACUUCGAUGUACUCCAUUUCAUGUUCGUUUUGGUAAAUUAGGUGUUCUACGGAAUCAACAAAAUAAGGUAUAUAUAACUAUCAAUGGUAAUCCAAUUGAAGAUUUAUAUAUGGAAUUAGGUCCAGCUGGUGAAGCUCUAUUUGUUGAAGAAGAAACUACUACACAAAAUCUUUCACCAAGUCGUCAUUUAGAACCAUCAGAUAGUAAUAUAUUUCUUGAUCCUGAUAGUGCUAUAUUAACAGAUUCUCAUCCUCAAUUAUCAAAUAUUGAUUGUUCACCACAAAUCAUUAAUAAACAACUUGAUGAAGAAAAAGCACAUGAAAAUAAUGAAACAACACCAAAAUAUGCUUAUGAACAUCCAUCAAUACCAUCUGUUAAUGUUGAUGUAUUAAAUUCUAAUGUAUCUAUAUCAAAUCGUCGUCGUUCAAAACGACGUAUAUCAAAUCGUAAUGAACAAAUAAAUAAAGAUUUAAAUGAAGAUGACGAUGAAGAAGUUGAAAAAAUAUUUUCAUCAAAACAAGAUUCUUCACAUUUACGUCAACGUGCUUCAACUUCUAUAUCUAUGAAUGAGAAAUUAACUGAUCAUAGAAAUGAUGAAAAAAUAAAUACAUCAUUAAAACUUUCACGUAAACAUAGUGCAAGUGAAACUGAUAUGCUUUUAUUUCAAAUUGAUGAUGAAAAACAAUCCGAAUCAUCUACACCAUUUGUUGAUGCACAUAGUCGAAUGAAUAGUAUUGAUAGUCGAAAAAAAUUAUUAAUUAUUCCACCGAAAAUGUCAAAUGGUAUAGAUAAUGAUGAUGAAGAAAAUUAUAGUAGUAGUUUAGAAGAUGAUGAUCAAGAUGAAAAUGAUGAAAGACAUACAAGAACAUUAUCAAAUCCAAUAGCAAUUGAACCAAAACCAAUAUUAAAUGAUUCAUUACCAAUAACUGAAGAAUCAAAUUCAAUAAUGAAUACAAUUUUUUCUCAAUCAGCACCAAUAGCAAAUGAUGAUGCUACUGUUCCUAUUCGACUGACUCAAUCAACUGAUUCAGCACCAUUUUAUUUAAAUGAAGAUUUUUCACCAACAUCAGCAUUUGAAAAUCCUAUAUCUCUUCGACCAGCAAGUCCACAAUCUGAUACAGAAUAUGAAUUAGAUAAAUCAUCACAACAAUCAGUAAGAAAUAGUCGAAGAAAUUCUGCAUGGCGAUGGAAAUGGGGUGAACUUCCUGAACAAAGACGAAGUGUAUUUAGAUAUUUUUGGCCAUCAUCUUCAUCACCAAAACCAAAUACACCUAAAGAAGGAAUAUAUCUUGAUGAUAUAACAAAUAAUAAAUGUGAUGAUCGUUCACGGUAUUUACCUCAAAUGGAUUAUCAUCUUAAUCAAUCAAGAACUCCAAAUGAUGAUGAUGAAGAAUCUGGAACAGGAAAUUCAAUACCAAAUUCUCCAGUUCGAGAUUAUGAAACUUUUUAUCUUCUCGGUGAUGUACAACUUUCAUUAUGUGGAAAUAUUGAUAAACCAUCAUUAAUAACAGAUGAUUUAUUUAAUGCACAUCUUAUUUCAUAUGAAAAAUUUGCUAAUAAUCCAUCAAUUAUUAAUGAUCCAAAUUUAGUUGUACGUAUUGGUGGAAAAUAUCAUAAUUGGAGUGUAGCUUCAGCACUUAUUGCUUCGGCUAGUGUCUAUCAUAAACAAUUACCACCUGAAACAAUUGAACAAUUACAAAAAAAACAUAUGACAUCAACUACAUCACGUACAACAGGUGGUAUUAGUUUAUGGCCAUUUUCUGGCAAAAGUUCGUCUAACACAAAAAAUGAAAAUAUUCCAUCAGCAUCAUCACAAGCAUUGGCUGUUGUUGUUAAAUCUGAAAUUGUUCCAACUAUAUUACAAAAUGAUAAUUCUAAUCGAAAGAAUUCUAAUGAUAGUGGACAAGAAGAUCAUGAAGUAAGAAAUUUAACAAAUAAAAUGGAAAAUCAACAAAUAACUUCAACAAAAAAGAAAACUAUGAUUUUAACAUCUGAUCAAUUAAAACGACUUAAUCUUAAAACUGGUAUGAAUCAUAUGGAAUUUAGUGUUACAACAGCUUUACAAGGUACAACUGUUGUUGAAGCAAAUAUAUUCUUUUAUGAUCAUAAUACUAAAUUUGUUAUAUCAGAUAUUGAUGGUACUAUAACAAAAUCUGAUGUUUUUGGUCAUAUAUUUCCAUUAUUUGGUAAAGAUUGGUCACAUGAUGGUAUCGCAGAAUUUUUUCAAGCUAUUCAAGACAAUGGUUAUCAAUUUAUUUAUUUAUCUGCCCGUGCUAUUGGACAAAGUCGUGUAACAAGAAAUUUUAUACGCAAUAUAAAACAAUGUGGUUUUGCAUUACCUAUUGGUCCGUUACUUAUAUCACCUGAUACAUUAGUUACUGCGCUAUAUAGGGAAGUAAUUGCAAGAACACCCGAAGAUUUUAAAAUUGAAUGUUUAAAAAACAUAGCAAGUUUAUUUCCAGGUAAAAAUCCAUUUUAUGCAGGUUUUGGUAAUCGAUUAAAUGAUCAAUGGGCAUAUACAGCUGUUGGAAUACCAGAAACUCGUAUAUUUACAAUUAAUCCACGUGGUGAAGUUGUUCGACAAAAAUUAUCUCAAGUAUUAUGUACUUCAUAUAAAAAUUUACAUGAAGUAGUUGAUCAAGUAUUUCCUCCAAUGGAUGCAUUUUCUGCAAGUGAAGAAUAUUCAUCAUUUACAUUUUGGCGUAAUCAACCAACAAUAGAUUCAUUAGAAGAUGAAAUGCGUCAACAUGUAGACGAAAUUCAAAUACGACAAAAAACUAAAGGCAAAGGAUCAUCAACAAUACAAAUGAGUUCUUCACCAAAAGCAACUCCAACAACAACAUUAACAAAAGGAGCCGGUGAAAAAGUAUUAACAAUCGCUCAAGCUACAGAAAAUACAGUGAAAAAACCAUAG